AAAAUUCUCCAGAGAGUUGAAGUUUUCACUUUCACUUGUUGAGAGUUGAGUGUACCUUCUUCUUCCAUGUCCGUGGUUCCCAAACCCGAGAGAAACGGCAUCACCAUUCCCGUCGUCGAGAUUGACAGCGACGACGAGACCUCCGCAGGUGCUGCAAUGAGCGACGUUCAAUUUCCGACUGAGCUACCACUUCAGCUUCAGCAAAACCCUGAAUCAACUUCACCUCCAUCAGUCUCUAGAAGCCAUAGUUUUUGGAAAGCUGGCGAUUACGUUGUCGGUCCAUCUUCAAAGCCAUCUCCUGUUCAAGGUCAUUUGGAUCAUGCACGAGUUCAUCCCAAGUUUCUUCAUUCUAAUGCAACUUCCCAUAAGUGGGCUUUUGGAGCAAUUGCUGAGCUAGUGGAUAAUGCUGUUGAUGAGAUUCAAAAUGGUGCAACUUUUGUUAAGGUUGACAAGCUUGAGAACACGAAGGAUAAUUCACCAGUUCUAUGUUUUCAAGAUGAUGGUGGUGGAAUGGAUCCUAACUCAAUACGAAAGUGCAUGAGCUUGGGUUAUUCUUCAAAGAAGUCAAAGACAACAAUUGGACAGUAUGGCAAUGGAUUCAAGACAAGUACUAUGAGAUUGGGUGCUGAUGCUAUUGUGUUUAGCCGUUCCACAAGUUCAGGCCGGGCAACACAAAGUGUGGGCCUACUAUCCUAUACCUUUUUGCGGAGAACCGGGCAAGACGAUGUAAUCAUUCCAAUGAUAGAUUUUGACAUAUCUGGCCAUUGGGCUGAGCCGAUUAUUUAUGGCUCACAAGAUGAUUGGUCAUCAAACUUGAAAACAAUUCUUGAUUGGUCUCCCUUCACAACAAAAGAGGAGCUCAUGCUUCAGUUUGAUGAUAUAGGAUCACAUGGAACCAAGAUUUUAAUAUAUAAUUUGUGGUUGAAUGAUGAAGGAAUAUAUGAAUUGAGUUUUGAUGAUGAUGCUGAGGAUAUCAUGCUUAGAGAUGAGGCCAACAGAGGAGAUGGGAAGAAGUUGAACAAAAAAACUGUUCAGCUUCAGUCACAUAUUUCUUACCGCAUUCGUUAUUCUUUACGGGCAUAUGUAUCUAUGCUAUAUCUCAGAAAAUUUUCGAACUUCAAAAUCAUACUAAGGGGAAAGCCUGUCGACCAGUUUGACAUUACAGAUGAGUUGAUACAUUCAGCAGUAGUUAGAUACAAGCCCCAGAUUGGCACGACUCAAGCGGCUAUGGUGGAGACAACCAUUGGAUUUAUAAAGGAGUUUAUUUCUCUUAAUGUUACUGGAUUUAAUGUAUACCACAAAAAUCGCCUAAUCAAGCCAUUUUGGAAAGUAACUGGAGAUGGUUCAUCAAAAGGGAAUGGUGUUGUUGGAAUUCUUGAAGCCAAUUUUAUAGAACCUGCACAUGAUAAACAAGACUUUGAGAGAUCAGUACUGUUCAUACGGCUGGAAGCGAAGCUGAAACAAAUGACGAUGGAAUACUGGAAGGAGCACUGUCACUUAGUUGGAUAUCAGCCUCUAAAUUUCAGAUCACAAAUGCUAAAGGAAGCCCGGAUUCGACAAUCAGCAGGGCAUCCAAAUAAUUCACGGAAUGAGUUGAUAGAAGAUAUUUGCUUAGAAGCUGAACAUCAAGAAGUUUUGAAUUUGGAUCAGCCAAAUGAGGGUCUUCCUGCAACUUGGAAUCAAAGUUUGAUUCAUGAACAGUGUGGUAUAUCAAGUGGAGCUUCAGCGUUAGUAUCUAUUGAUGAUAUCUGUGAAGAAAACAUAAAACUUUUCACGAGGUGUGAGGAGUACAGGCAAAAGGAGACAGAGUUGAAAAAGACGGUUGAGGACUUGGAGAAUGAGUUUAAUGAAAUCCAAACCAAAUGUGCCUAUAUUUCUUCACUCAUAGAGGGCAAGAGGAAGCAGAAGGGUGCAUGCUGAUUUUCCUUUCAUCUCACCUUUCAAGUAAAAUGCGCCUCUGGUUUCUGGCUAUUACUAAUUUGGCUGAUUUGGAAGAACAAAAUUUGCUUUAGUCAAAAGCGCUUUGCAUUACUACUUAUUUAGCAAAUGUUUGGUUUUUCGUCUGCAGUCCAUGAACAGACGUUGGGACAGGUCAAACAUGAUUUGACUCUGCAGUAUUUUUUUAUUUUAUUUUUAAGAGAAGUCAAUUUGACCGUCCAAAACUGAUUCUAUGUGAAGCAAGAAAUUAAAUUGUAUCUUUCAUGGUGAUUGUGAAUUAAUUUUACUAUUGAAUGAUUAGUUGUGUAUAUCUUGCACUUUGUUGUUA